GUUGGGACUGGUUGUCUGGAUCAAAGAGGACCAGCUGGGGACAGGGAUGGGAAGGAGAACUCCUGACUACCAGUUUGCAUGGGGCAGAGGACAGAAAAGAAAGCCCAGGAAACCAGGACACCUGUAAUUCCAGCUCAAUCUGGGUCCUGAGGGAGGUUUGGGGGCCCAGGCUGCUUCAGGAAGGGUGGCACAUGAGGUCUGCUGAGGACAUGCCAAAUAGAACCCUAGCCCUGUGUGAGGUGGGGCUUGGUUGCCAGGUGACUGUCCCAGGGCAGCCACCUGCUGGCAGAAGAACUCUGCUUGCUGUAUUCACCCCUUGGUGGCAUCUACCCUGGUACUGGUCCACCCUUUCUUUGCCACCAUGUCGCGGCAGCUCAACAUGGAUACGCUGCGGCAGAAUUUCUGGAAGGAGGAAUAUCUAAGGGAAAAGAUGUUGCGGUGUGAAUGGCACCACAAGUAUGGGUCAUUGGUGAAGGCCAAGCAGAAGGCCAAGGCUGCAGCCCGCCUGCCCCUCAAACUGCCUACCUUGGCCUCCAAGGCCCCACUCUCACCCCAGCCUGUCCCCACAGCAGUCCCUUCCAAGACUCCCAGCCCUGUCCCAGAGGCUUUUCAGUCAGAAAUGUACCCAGUACCACCUGCCACCCGGGCCCUGCUGUACGAAGGCAUCUCCCAUGACUUAAAGGGGCGUUACCACUACCUCAACACCCGAAAACUGGACCUGCCAGAGACGCGCUACCUCUUGCCCAUCACCACCAACUUCACAUAUGGCUGGCAGCUGGGGGCCUGAGAGGGAAGCCAAGGGAGCAAGGUUCCAACAAAAGCAAGAGGGAAGCCCCAGAAAGGGUGGAGGUUGAAGGAAGCCCUAUGGCAGCAGUCUGUCCCUGUGACAGCAGGCUGAGGUGCCAAUGGCAGACAGCCUGCACUCACUGCUCUAUUUAGCAGCCAGCCUGUAUGUGUCUGUAGCUCCCACUCCUCACAAGUUCUUUUUAUUUCUCACUAAAUGGAUACAAGACCAUGCAGACAGACAGGGGCCCUAUGUGAGUCCCUUCCCCGGGAACCUAUUGUGGCCUCUGAUAUCUUU